GCGGAGCUUGCGGAGCAAGAUGGCGGCCACCAGGCCCUUGUCCCUAACGGCCACGGCGUUCAGGGCGGUCAUUCCCUGGCGCCGGGGCAGGUACCAAGAGUGGACAGUCACUUAGGAAGGGUGUUGGGUUCUGCGCCUCCAGGAUAGAUGCUCCUCGCGCCCUCUCCCGGGCUCUUGACCCGGUGGGAAGCGACAUCCUCCAUUCCAGAGGCUGGCGAGGGACAGAUCCGCCUCACAGAAAGCUGCGUCCAGAGGCUUCUGGAAAUCACCGAAGGGUCAGAAUUCCUCAGGCUGCAAGUGGAGGGAGGUGGAUGCUCCGGAUUCCAAUACAAAUUUUCCCUGGAUACAGUUAUUAACCCCGACGACAGGGUAUUUGAACAGGGUGGGGCAAGAGUGGUGGUUGACAGUGAUAGCUUGGCCUUCGUGAAAGGGGCUCAGGUGGACUUCAGCCAAGAACUGAUCCGAAGCUCAUUCCAAGUGCUGAAUAAUCCUCAGGCCCAGCAAGGCUGCUCCUGUGGGUCAUCCUUCUCUAUCAAAAUCUGACACGUGACAGGUGACCUUGGGAUUGCCAUCAGAUUGUACCAGAGUGAAAAACUUGGGAAUGGUAGAGCUCUAGAAGUUUCUUUCUUAUCAUGUCCCACUGUCAUUUUAUUUAAUUUAACCCAGGAGUGUUUUAUUUUACCACUAUUAAUUAUGGAACAUGAAGCUUUUACUCUUGGCCGCAAUACUCUCCCCUCCCCCAGCACAAUGUUAAGGCCGCGUCCAAGUGUUGUUACCUCAACUUUAAGCACUGAUUGGAACCCAGUAUAAUCUGUAGCACCUCCAAGACUCCAGAAUUUGGAGUUAACGUCUCUACCUUCAGAAUUGUUUGUAUAUAUGUGUAUAGAUGUAUAUAAAGCAUCUUCUUAAAUUA